AUGAACGCAUUUCGGUGGGGGCCUACGACGGUGAGGUUACAGCUCGAGAUGGAUCUUCGUUUGCUGUUAUUAGCGGCGUUAUCGGCCUCCUUCAGCUGGGCGCAGCAAGAAAACGGCAGGAAGUGCUCCAACAUCUCUAUCGGAGACGAGGUUUACUUUGACAUUUCCGUGGAAACUCAGAAGUGUCCUUCAAAAGGGAAAUCUGAGACCAUUACGAUCAAACCGCUGGGCUUCAAGGAGGAGGUGGAGGUCACACUAGAUUUCAUCUGUGACUGCGAGUGUGCGGCUGCCGGAGAGGCCGAAAGCCAGCGGUGCAGCAGCGGGAACGGGACCUACGAGUGUGGAGCCUGCAAGUGA